AUGAGUGUCGGUUCAAGGAUUCAAGAAGAUGCACCAUUGUGUGACUCGCCUUGUCUGUGCCCUGCCAUGACGAGGCUUCUGGUCGUCGAACCAUCUUCCUCUGUUGCCUCCUUCGACGAGACUACACUUUUGGCGUCGCAGCAAAUCGGCAUCGGGCGGGCAUUCAGACCUGAGCCCAUGAUGGUAUUCAGGCUCGAGCCGGGCUCGGCUCAGGCGGAUACAAACCGACUGAUUACAGAAGAAAACACCCAAAUGCAGUUAUUCUCCGUUUUU